AUGGCGAAGCCGAAAUACGAGACCAGCGGCCCCUUGAAGAACCACUUCUACAUUCUCGACUGGCCAGGCAGUGAGCCAGAUCCAGACGACACUCUCACAACUCACUUCCAGAAGGUCACAAAGGUCUCAAGGUUGGCAACGGCUUACUUCGACUGCGAGCUUGUCAAAGUCGGUUUCAAAAAGGCAGACAAGCCAUUCGACGUCCUCCAGUACUUCCGCGAUGCUUUCCGUCACAUGCGCGACGAUGACAUGCUCGUCAUUUACUAUGAGGGUGGCGCUGCCGACUGCGACAAGGACUACGAGUGGCAAUUCGAAAACGGCCCCAAGCGUCCAGUGAAUGCAUACGAUCUUAUUCAGCUUUUCUACGAUUCGGGCCUCAACAUCAUGCUCAUCCUCGACUGCUACAUCCCCACGCGUUUCGAGGAGAAAUGGAACGUCCGUUCUGACGGCAAGGGCAACGUCGAGAUCAUAGCUCGAGGUGAGCGCGUGCAGACCGCCAAGGGCAAAGCGAUACAAGGCCACCGAUCUGACUUCACGGACAAUAUGAUCAAGGACCUGAAGACGUUUGUCAACGAUAUCGAGAAGCCUGGCCGCGAUGGAGGGUACGGUGGAUACCAUGCUCCCAUGUCUCUGUCGCAGCUCAUGCGCUCCAACACGUUUCUGGCGGCCAAUCCGAAGCGCAUCUUCGAUCGCAAGACCAAGGCGAAGGAUACCGUCCCGAUUGCUCGGAUUGUCAUUUUGCCGGAUGAGGUUAGGGCGAGCAAGCGGAUCUCGUGGUUCCUGAAGACGAUUCAGGACGAGCCUAAGAUCGUGGAAGACGGCGAAGAUGGGAAUGCGACUGUCAAGGCUAUUGUCGAAGACGAGGGCUUCGACGAGCCCAUGGACGAGGAUUUCGAUGGGUCGGUUGCUGGCGCAUCUGAGGGAGAUGGGCUGUUCUGCACGCCGCCACCCGUCUGA